AUGAUCUUUGUGCUCCUCUUAUUCCUCGCUUCGGCCGUGCAUUCUGCCGAUACUGGUAUUGGAUGCUUCAGUGAAGUCGAGACAAACCACUUUAUGGAAAAUGGCCGCUGGGAAACCUCUGACUUGUGUAGCCAGAGAUGCGGUACAUCAUACCCUUACGUGGCUAUCAAAAACGGUGGCCAGUGCUACUGCCUAACGUCCAAACCCACCGCCAACCAGGUUUAUUUCUCCCAGUGUAGCACUCCGUGUAACGGUUACGGAAGCGUCAACUGCGGAGGCCCUAAUGCUUACUCCGUGUUUAAAGGCUUGGGUGAAGACACGGGUUCAAGUGCUGGUUCGCUGUCCCUGUCGCUGUUCUUGUUUCAGUCCCUGUCGCUGUCGCUGAGCAGCUUAUUGGCUCCUACCACGUCACUGAUCGCCUCCACGACUCCACUGUCCGCAGUUGCGUUUAAUCCCGACUUGAGCCUGAGCUCGACUACGUCGACUUCUCACACAACUUCCAGCAUGUCUUCCAGCUCCACGGACGCCGAAACGAGCAGCGCUCCAACCAGAACGGUUACGCACAGCUCUGACCCCUCAAGUACAUCAUCAUCUUCACCAAGUGCAUCUUCCCCUCCAGACAAUACACAGAGAGCUUCGUCUACGAACGUGGGCGCCAUUGCUGGAGGUGUCGUAGGUGGUGUGGUUGGUUUGAUUUGCAUCGGUCUCGCUAUUUUCUUCUUUAUUCGUCACAAGAGAAAGAAUGAUGAAAGCGACGAAGAAGAGUUCUUCGAAAAAGGUUCCGGCUCUGGAGCUCUCUCCAGAGGCAACGGUACCGCGAAAUCCAAGAAAUAUAACUCGGCCUUUGAUAUGCCAAUGGCAAACCCAUUCUCGGAUGAGUUUGCUGAUAAAAGAACCUCGAAAAUGACCACCAACGGUUUAGCUGAUCCUAGACUCAACCCUGCCAUUGUAGGCAGAAGAAGACUCUCGGAUGGCUCGCUAGCGGAUGAGACUGACUACUCGCGCAAGAUUCUAGCGGUGGCAAAUCCUUGA